AUGAAUGAUCAUCAAAGUCAAAUAUUAGCUCAAGCUGUUCGAGCUCUUUCACAAGAGCAUGAUAGUGCAACUACUACAAUUACAACUCCAGAGGAUGAAAAUACACAAAGAAAGAAUGCUACCCCUAGAAGAAGAUCAAGAAGAGCAGCCUCACAGAAGGCAUCGGAGACUUUGAAUAAAAUGGCAUCUUUAAAUGAUACUACUCAAAUAGAAGAUGAGGAUAAUAAGGGUACAGAUAAUAACGAUAAUUUCUUAGAUAAUAUAGAUAUAGCUAUUAGAUCAAACGAUAUGAUUAGUAAUAUGAAAAGAAAUAUGAAGAGAGGUUCUAAAAUGCCUAACGUAAAUGGAACUAGAAAUAAGAAAAAAGUGAAUAGGAAAAAGAAGGCACAAUCUGAUGAUGAGGAUUUUGUAUUGAUCGAGAGUGAUAAAGAUAGUGAGUCUGAAAAUAACACUAGUAUAGUGGAGGAUGACUAUGACAAUGAUAUGAUGAUAGAUGACAAUCUGAAAGAAGAUUUGAAAUCUGAUCAAAAUAAUGAUAAUGAUUUUGUAAUAGAUGAAGGAGCUACUAAAACAAGAAAGAAAAGAGGUAGAAAACCAAAAGACCCCACCAAAAUAAAUCAACCUAAAAGACAAAAAGCUAUGUCAAAAAAACAAUCUAUAUAUGUGACUAAAAAUAGGAUUAUUAGAGCUUUGAAGGAGCUAUCUAGUACUAGAGAUAAAUUAGAACGAAUAUAUGGUUUAAAUAAAGAUAAAUUAUUACAACUAGCUAAGAUUAAAGAAGGUUUUGAAUCUAAUCUUUUUGAUUUCCCAAAAUCUAAUAUAAGCCAUGAUUCCAAAUUUUAUGUAAGUAAUGAACCAGCUUGUAAUAAAUUCCAAAUAAAUGAUGAAAUGUUUGUUCGGAAAGAGACCAAUUAUACACAAAUAAAUCAAGAAACCUUCGAAACACUCUUCAUGUAUAGAAAAGAACCAUUAGAUGUUAUUGUAGGCGAGUUCGAGUCAUCUCUACAGAAUAGAGAUAAGAUUGAGUUUCCAGUGUUUGAAAAUGAUAAAAGACAAGGCCUCAUAUAUAAUUCAGGUGCCUUAAUAACUGAUAUUGCAUGGUUAAAUAAAGAGUCUGACACAGACAAUAUAGAAGAACCACAACAUCAGUAUUUAGCAAUUGCACUUUCACAAUAUAUGGAUAACCCAUCAGAUCCACAUUUAGAAAUGUUUGAUAGAGAGAAUCAUAUAUCAUGUAUUGAAAUUAUAGAAUUCACACCAGAAACCCUUAAAUUUGUCAAACGACAAACCAUUUUACAUGAUUUUGGUGAUGCUUGGAAUUUAAAAUGGCAUGAAGGUUAUAAUAGUGACAAAAAUAUAGGCUUAUUAACAUUUAUUGCUCAAGAUGGUUCAUUCAAAGCUUUACAGAUCCAUAAUGUAGAAGAGAAGGACUCGCCUGUUUUAUUGCAAUGUACAAAGGCUUCUAUCUCAAUAUCGUUAAAUGAUUCAAAUAUAACAUGUUUUGAUUACAUAUCACCCACAUCCAUUGUAUGUGGUUUUAAAAAUGGAUAUGUUGCAGAAUUUGAUAUAUUUGAUUCUAAUCAAAUACCCUCCUAUUAUCAUAAAAUUCAUGAUACAUUUAUUGUAUCUAUAGUGACAACAUAUUCGCCGUUUGAACCAACUACUGUAAGCGCGUUAGCAGUUGAUGGCUAUUUCCAUUUAUUUGAUCCAAGAGAUAUAUUUAGCACAAAAUGUACUGUAUCAAGACUUCGUGGUAAUAACAUCAUGCCAAUAGUAUAUGCCCCACAAUUGUCCUUGUUAUUGUUCAGUGAUGCAUCUAAUUCUAUUAGAGCAUUAACUGCUAAAGCAUCAUUUGCACCACAUAAUGUUAUGUCAAGAGAAUCCACAGUAACCUCUUUGGGAACAGCAAAAUUCCAUCCCUUUUUCUUAACAGGUACUGCUGAUGGCAAAGUAUAUAUUGAUAAUUUGUCGCGAAAAAUUUUAACUGGGAUCAAGAAUUCUAAUACUAUUCACAAAUCCCUAAAGUUAUGGGGGUGGGAUUAUGAUAUGCAACAGAAGAAAUAUAGAUUAGAUCAUACUUAUGAAGUUUGUAGGUCAGUUAAUGGUGAAAUCAACAAAAUUGGGAUACAUCCGCCUGGUGUCUCAAUCUCCUCUAUCAAGUGGAAUGAAACCAUUAGAGGCUGUAAGAUUUAUGCUUUUAGUAAUAAUGCAGGAUUAUUGACAAUUGAAAAAUUACCGCUUCAAUAA